AUGUCAGACCCAGUAUCUCUCAUAGCCAAUCCGUACUUUUCAGCAGGAUUUGGCCUGAUAGGGGUGACAGCAGGUCUAGCAGUCCUGCGCCAGGGAGCCGUCUAUGGCAUGACACUUGCUCGUCGUCAUUUUCUCGUCACUUUGGAGAUUCCAUCAAAAGAUGCAUCUUACAGCUGGGUGCUGGCAUGGCUGUCAUCGCAACGAGAAGCCGCCUCCAAAGGGCAGAAAGCUGGACUGACUAGUAUGGGAAUGUCGCAUCAACUGUCUGUAGAAACCACGUACUCAAAGCGUGAUGAUGGAUCUGCUCUGGCAUCAUUUGUGCUAGCUCCUGGACCCGGCUCACAUUAUUUUAGAUACAAGAGAGCAUGGUUUAAAGUGGAACGAAUACGUGAAAAAGCCAUGAUAGAUCUCAAAUCCGGUACGCCCUGGGAAACCAUCACAUUCACAACUCUAUCUCGAGAUCGGCCGUUACUGUCAGAGCUCUUGAAGGAGGCCACAGAGCUCGCAAUGUCGAAACAAACAGGAAAGACAAUUAUAUAUACAUCGAUGGGACCCGAAUGGAGACCGUUUGGUAGACCUAGGUCACGACGCCCACUAGCAUCCGUUAUAUUAGAUGAAGGGAUUUCAGACCGCAUAAUAACAGAUGUCCAACGAUUCUUGAAAAUGGGUCAGUGGUAUCAAGAACGUGGUAUACCAUAUCGUAGAGGCUAUUUAUUAUACGGGCCGCCUGGUAGUGGCAAGAGUAGUUUUAUACAAGCAUUGGCAGGGGACUUGCAUUAUAAUAUCUGUGUCUUGAAUCUCUCUGAACGGGGUAUGACGGACGACCGACUGAAUCAUCUACUAUCACAUGCACCACCACGCAGUAUUAUUUUACUAGAAGAUGUAGAUGCCGCAUUCCCUAGCAGAACAGCCACAGCAAUGUCUGAGCUAGAUCGUAAACAAGGGUUUACAUCCAUGCUCACAUUCUCGGGACUCUUGAAUGCUCUAGACGGUGUCACAUCCGCAGAAGAACGGAUUAUAUUCAUGACUACAAAUCACGUUGUAAGACUUGAUCCAGCAUUGAUUCGACCUGGUCGAGUAGAUGUGAAACAUCUUGUGGGAGCCGCUACGCCAUUUCAGAUCCGCAGUAUCUUUUUAAGGUUUUAUGGAUCUGACAAGGUUGAUAAAGCCGAUAUAUUUGUAAAUGCGUUGGCUGGUAGAGAUGUCAGUAUGGCACAGCUUCAGGGACAUUUUGUGCUUUAUCAGGAUGACGUGGAUCAGGCUGUUGCAAACGCCAAAUCACUUGUAAGCUAG